UCACGUAAGUUUGUGCAAAAAGUGAAUAAAUUCAGUCAUGGAACAUCCAUAGAUUAAUACAUGAUUGAACAUGAAAAUAAUUAAAUUUCCAUUUUAGAAUAUGACCAUGACCUCCAUUUGUUUUGUAUGCAAUCUACCAAUUCUAUCUCAUCAAGUUGGUUUAGUUUGGCAAGGAGGAAAUGGAUGGGAUGAUCUGGUACGAGAGCAGGUUGAAGAGUCCACCAUUCGACAGAGACUCGGUGGCAGACGGGAUUCAGCAACACAAAUAUGUAGCAUAUCACCUCCUACAGAAACUCAAGAGACUUCCCCACCCACGACAGGUCCUGCAAGGAGAAGACGUAGCUCCUUAGCACAACUAACCGAUAUUUUAAGGGAAUGGGGUGGAAGUACAAAGAAACAACAAAAACAAUUAUGUCGGAGAGAAACUUUAGCAGACUUAGCAAGAUCUUUGCCUUGGGGACGCCAAACCACUCAGGAAACGGGACCAAUUCCUAGCAUAUCUACCCAAAGAAAGCGUCGAGAAUCCAGCGCUGAUUCUGGUAUCAGGAGUAUGGGUUCUAAAUCACGACGAGAUUCGCAUUCCAACGCCAUAUCCGAUUUCAAAUCCGAGGUAGCUAAACUUUGGCAAACCAAAGAAAGUAUUCCAAUAACUACAGUAGUUAGUCCAAGUAGUACUACGUAUCCCGCGUCAUCAUCGAGAAGAGAAAGCAGUGAAUCGAAUAGAAGUGGACGGCGAGAUUCUCGCCACGCGUCACGAAGAGGUUCGGGAGAGAGUGGGAAAAGUAGGAGAGAUUCGAAUCCCGCAGUAUCCCCUCCUCCUAAAAUAGUUGCUGCCAAAAAGAAAAGGAAAGACUCGCGAGUUGUAUCGGAAAGUCCUUAUUACAGGCAAGAGCAGAGACCUUCUACUUCUUCUACGGCAUCAGACUCUGCUCCCCAACAAUUUCUUGGAUUCCCAGCGGUUUCCAAUGUCAUAACUACAUCAGAUAUGGGUACUCAAGGAGGUUUACCAGCUCCUCCAACUAUAAUAACUUCCAGCGUUACACCUCCUGCCACUUCACCAACAGUUCCGGUAACAUCUAGUACUAGUCCGACUCAUGCGCUUUUGACGACUCGAAGAGAUUCCACCACACAGUGUGGUCGUUUAGGUCGACGUGACUCUCGAUCCCAUGCAAGCCCGGAACGUAAACAUUCACGUCUUCAACGACAAAAUACAGCUUACGAUGAAAGCUGUCUACCACCUGGUGGCUGGAAUCGUCGAGGUUCCCAACCACAACAGCCUGCCUUAAGCCCAGAUAUUGAUGAAAACGGAAGAAAAGCAAGACGUGAUUCUUUAAGUCCGGACUCGGCUUCGAGAAGUGGCAGAAGAGACUCCAGAUCUCAUCUAAGUCCAGAUAGAUCUGGAGAUCGUGAUAUUAGUCCAGUACGUAGAGGUAGAAGAACUUUGCGAAGACAAUCAACAAGCGUAGCUGCGAGAACCCAUGGACCUCGAUCUCCGGAUUCUUCUAGUUGUUCCAGUAGAGAUCCGAGUCCGUGUAAUCGAGGUCCUCCUCCUACUACUGAAAAUUAUCGCCCAACAAUAAGAAGACAAUCAACUACUGAAGAAAUUUUAAUUGCUCGUGGAUUUCGAAGACAAUCAACAACCGAAGAAAUGAUUAGAUGUAGGAAUUUUAGAAGGCAGAGUUCGCAAAGUGACGACUGCCAGAGAUACCGUGGAAGAAGGGAUUCUUCUACGCAAAUUUUAGAUGGUACGAUUGCGUCGAUGACCGUUGAAACUUCGAGUACCUUUUUUGACUCUAGUACCCAAACUGAACCUUCACCGUUGUAUGACAAUAACCACUACCACGAAGAAUGUUUGCGAUGCAACAGUUGUGGUCUCAAUUUGACCGGACUCAAUCAGAAGCGUGCGCGUCGCUUCAAGAAUCAGAUUUUGUGCGACUUACAUUUUGCUGACGUAGCUCUUAUGGAGUGUUCUGAUUUUAUGCAACAACUGCGUUCCUUCAAACCUCAUUCUCUUGGAUGCGCUGUAGCUAGAAGAAAAUCGUCUACUACCCUUAUAUUUCCUCUUCCACCCCAGGCUUGUUCCGAUGAGUUCUGUGAAGAAUUUCCGCACAAUUUCAUACCUACACCUGGAUACUGGAUAGAAUGUUCAAGGCAAAAGAUUACAUCGGAUACCAUUUGGGAUGAAAGUGAAUCUGAACGCGACAACGAAAUCCAAGAAGGGGAAGAGGAUGACGUACUUCAAAUGGAUCAUGAUAAUGGCGUCUCGGGAUUUAAAAGAAAAGAUCGAAGUUGUAAUGAUUUGUUUGAAGAUGAUGAGGAUGAUUCGUCUUCUCCUAAAAAGAAAACAACAAUAGAAGAACAAUGGGAGAAAAAUCAAGGUUUUGAACUAACUAGUGUAGAACAGGAAACAUACGAAAAAUAUUUUUAUGGCACUGAACAUUGGAAUUACUUUACCAAUGACGAAGAUCUCGGUCCUGUUAUUUUAUCUAUAAAACAAGAAACACUCAAUUCUAGGGAUCAAUUUAGAAUACUCGUUAGGGCUAUUAGUUACACUGUCCAUGGUUUAAUUCCUGCCAGUUGUGUUUUUGCCGAUCGGUAUAAUAGGGAAGAGGUAGUUAGAUCUUUGGGCAAGGAAGUUAAUAUAAAUCCACCCCUCACUCUCGGACAACUCCCAGAUACACCCGAAGAAUUGCUUAAAUUAGACCAGGUAUUUAUAAAAUCAGAACUCAAAGUCGGCGUAAUAUAUGUGAAAGAAAGUCAGUACACCGAAGAAGAGAUCUUGGACAAUAAUGACAAUUCCUUUUUGUUCGAGGAAUUCCUCCAAAUUCUUGGCGAGAAAGUUCGGCUGAGAGGAUUUGAUCGAUAUAAAGGUGGGCUGGAUACCGUGCACGAUUUAACUGGAUUGUAUUCGAUAUACACCAAUUGGCGAAACAUCGAAAUAAUGUUUCACGUUAGUACUUUAUUGCCGUAUGAAAAACACGACCCGCAAAAGCUGCAGAGAAAAAGGCAUAUUGGAAAUGAUAUAGUGUGCGUUGUAUUUUUGGAAGCAGACAACACUUCUUUUUCUCCGGCGUGUAUAAAGAGUCAUUUUCUACACACUUUUAUUUUGGUUCGGACAUCGCCUCGAAUUAAAAGAAAACCUACUCAUUACGAAGUAUCUGUAGUAACCAGAGAUGAAGUCGGUGCCUAUAAACCUUAUUUGUGGGAACAAAGUGUAUUUGAUAAGGGCCCCAUGUUUCGAGAGUGGUUAUUAACAAAAGUUGUAAAUGGAGAAAGAGCAAGUUAUUCUGCACCGAAAUUCGCGAGAAUGCAGGAAAGGACUAGAUCUCAAAUGUUAGAAGAUAUUGUAGCUAAUUUACAGAAUCACGCUGAAACUGGACAAAUACCGAAACCUUACAGGAGGGGAUCAUGGAGACCAAUUGGACAUAUGCGUCCUUCAUCGCCGUUAUUGGACAGCGUACGAGACCAAUUUGAAGAUUACGAUCAAAUUGCAAAAGAUUUCACAAGAAUGUUUCUAAAUAAUGAGUCGAAUACCCUAACGAAUGCCCAAUUGUUCGAUGUUAGCUUCUUAGUUGGUCAAUCAAAGCAGAAAAUCAAACUUGUUGGUGUCAGAGCGAUAUUGGGAGUUAGAAGUCGAGUUUUCCAGGAAAUGUUGUACGGAAUUCAGACUGGGUUUGGAUCUCCCCAAGUUCCUGUAGCAGAACUAUUAGCACGUCCUGUUCCAACACUCUUGAGUCCUCAACAAACCCGUCCUAAAAGUAGUAACUUUCUUCAAGUUCCCGAUAUAGAAUCCACUAGACCAAAGAGCGUUCCUAGUUCACCGAUGGUUAAAAGAGCUUUUACAAGACUAGGAACGAUCACAGCUGGUUGGGGGAGAUCUAUCAGGAAACAUAAUGCACAACACCUUUCCGCUGACGAUAAGAAAAAAUGGACAAGUAGCCAAGACUGUUCAAAUAAAGAAAGUAAAGAUAAGGACGGUAAAGAUAAACCAUCAUUAUCUCAACUACCCGUUCCGAGGUUAAGCGUUUGUGCAGAUGCCCAAAAGGUUGAUAGGGCAAAAUUAGCUCAAACAGAAUUCUCCAUUAUUGAAUUCGAUGCUGAUACAUUCAGGAUUCUUCUGGAUUAUCUUCAUACGGGUUCUUGUCCCCUAACGUGUUCUACUAUACCCGGCCUUAUUUGCGCAGCUGAACAUUACGAUUUACCAGAACUUUUACAAGCAUGUUUCCAUCACGCCAAACAGUUUUUGAGAAUAGAAGUGGUUUGUUGUAUGUUGUGUUCAUUAGAAAAUUAUUAUUGGAGAUAUACUUCAGCUUCUGAAUUAGUUAAUAUGAUACUCGCCUUUGUAGAAACUAGGGCUUCCACCUUGUUUCACACAAAUGAGUUUCUAAAUUUAAGUGAAUCUAUGGUCCAGAUGAUAAUGUGCAGAAAUUUGGAGGUGGCUGAAGUUCGGAAAUUCGAGGCGAUGCUUGCGUGGGCAAGACAUAAAAUUCGCACAAAAACUUCAAGCAAACUUGAUGCUAAAUUAGAAUUUAAAUGUGUAAUGGAGCGACUAGCGAGGGAUCUUAAAUUAUAUCGAAUAACACCUCAAGAACUCAUUAAGGUAGUUCUGCCUUCAAAAGCUAUCAAAAAUGAACGAAUAUUAGAAACAUUAAUGUUUCAAGCAAAUUCUGGUAUGUACAGAGUUCAGGAUUCAUAUUUAAAGGAAUGUACUCAAAGACUGCAAAAACAAGACUCUCGAUUUUCAGAAAUGGAAUCUUUCGAUUACAGCAACUAAAGACUAACGAGAUAUUUAGUGCAGAAGACAAUCAUUUCAUGAAAAUCAUAAUGUAUAUUAAGAAUAUCAUUACCUGAUAAAUAUUUUAUAUCUAAAUAAUGAACGGUAUGUUGUGUUAUAAACAGAGGUUCAUCAAAACAACUAUUACCUAUAUCAAUACCAUAUGAUCGUUCAAACAUUUGCUAGGUAAAUUUUCUAACGAAAAAUAAAUAUACCGAUAUAAAUUUUUUAAAUUGACUGUAAAAUAUCGCGUUAGUUUAUAUUUUUUCAACAUUCAUAAUUUUAAACUGAGUGAUUAGUACAGGGGUUAGAAUACAACUACUUAGAACUUCUAAACACUCAAUUUACAACUUCUACGAAUUGUAUAAAUCGAAUUCGUGUAAUUAGAUAGUGUCAAAUUACAUUUCAGAAUUUCAUAAAUUUUCUAAUCUCACGAUGUUGUAGCUAUCCAAUAGUAGAGAAAACCUAAGGAGGUUAGAUACUCUGGGAUCCUUGAUACAUUUUUAAAAUUUGCGCCCUAAAUUUGUUGGGGUAACAACAUUGUAUCUGCUACGUGCAACAUUUUACAAAUUAUAUUCAUUUGAAUAAUUAACUAACUUUGUUCCACCUUAGAACCAAUAAAUGAGUAGAUUUUGUAUUUUAAUGAUUCUUUUCUAUUCAAUGUGUAUUCAAUUGUGUAUUAGCAAACGCAAAAACAAAUAACGCAGAUGGUCUUCGGCCACAUGUAAUUGACCACGGUUUUGUUAGAUUCAGACCACGAAUUUCAAAGAUUUGCCUUGUGAUUUGUUAAUGGCCGUGGUGAAUGCAAGACGGAUGGGAAAUCAUCGGAAUCCUCGCAAUUAGAACUUCCUCACCUCCGAAUUUUCCUUUGAGUAUCGUUGCGUAAAUCACAUUGUUCAUCAAUUACAUACCACCAAACGCGUUCCGUUGCACACUUUUAGUUGGAUACUAAGGAGCCAACCUUGAAUUACGCUUAAGUAAGGCACAUGCAAAUAAAUAUCUUGAAUGUCGGAUUAAAUCCUCAUUCUUCGAAAACGUCUGCCCCUACAUAAUCCUGUCGUUUUCCCGGCAAAUUUCAAUGUGCAUCAAUAUUCGCAAAUAAUGUCUAUUAUACCAAUACGAACGCAUUAAUCAGUGCUGCAAAAUUUCUAUCUAAUUAUCUAUUUGUUGAUCUAUGGGAUUUGCUCGACGAUUUCCCAUUGCCAACCGAACCGUUCCGCAGACUGCUGCGUUUUGCUCUUGUGAUUGAGGAGUUAUACUAACGCGGCGCUCUUCACGUGCAAUUUCUUGUUCUUUUCCAGUCCUUUCAUUGUUGAUGAUAAUAUCAGUACGAUGAGCUAAUACUAACUGGAAACAACCACAUCUACCGGUCAUUAGAACGUCAAAUUUUCAAUGAAACUUAACCAUAGACAACAUUACGUUUAGCUGUUGAUGGUUUUUUGUUAUAACAUUUUUAACAAAUGAACGCCUAGACUGAUGUUUUAGCUGAUAAAUUUUUCGUUUUUCUGUUUCGUUAUACAUUUCAUGUCUCGACCCACGGAAACGGAACAAACAUGAAGAACGAUCCGAUUGAUGAAAACAUUGCAAAUGCCACUUUUAGGCAAAUAAAUUUAUCUGGCAAACUAAUCCAACAAUUUUUGGUUGGAGGAUUUUGAGGACCAUUUUAUGAAACUCUUCUUAGUACCACCCACAAAUUUUAUGUUUCAUGAGUCGUACGUCUGUUAAAUUUAAACUUGUUUUUUUUGCAAAAAAAUAUUCUCUUACCAUAUCUUAUCGAAGUGACUUUUUUUGAGUUAAUGAAGAGCAAUGUAAUUGGAAUCAUAUACAAUAAUAUCUAUGAAACUUCAGCUCGAGAUUUUUGACAAAUAAUAUAAUGAAAAUUCAAGAGUGGUCGACCAAAACGUGCAGUAAGAUGAGUUAUAAAUCUUUUGUGUCUUGAUUAAAUCGGGUGCACCACCUGUAGCUAACUGUAGCAAAAAAGUCAAAAUAUUACCGAGUUACUUCACACUAUAUAAGCAAUUUGGAUGUUUAUAUAUCCCGAAUGGAUUUGUUGGUAUAACAACAUCGUGAGAUACAUUAUAUCAUUACCAAGUUCAUUGAAAAAUUUGUUUGUUAUAAAAACUGCGAAUUUUCUGGAAAUAAAAAUGCACAACUAAAAUUGGGAAAACUCUUUGUUUAAUUUUAUGUGGAAUUCUUUAUACCAAAUUUCGCUUUAACAUUUGAAUCUUGUUGGUGCGUAUUUAGUUCCAGGAGAUAUCUGAGACGAUUGGUAUAAAAACAGAAACAAUGUGAAACUGAUAUCGGACGGACAUACUGUGAAAUUUCUAUAUCAUAUGCGCUAUCUAAGGACACUCAGUAACACGCACCCAUAGCUCCUCGUUGUCGUGUUACUGACCUGUUUUUAUUUCUUAACAGAUUUCUUCUACAGAUGCAAGAUAGAAACUACCUUGGUCAAUCAAAUGAAAACGACCCUUUACAAAAUUUAUGUCACAAAAAACAGCUACAAUUUUGUACAUUACGUUUCAAUAUAAUUUCCCGCUUGUAUAAUUAAUUUUUCUUUGUGGGAAUUUUUUCAUUCCGCUCUCGUAGAAUAGAACUGGGUGAUAGUUUGUCUGAUUCGCUUACCUCCGAGUUCUUCUCUAAGUGCUCCAAACACAUGACGAUAACUCUAGAGUGUAAGCUGGAUGAUCAAAUAUUUUCCAGUCAAUUUCCAUCAGUUUCUACUGAGCUUGAGGUACUGUUUGAUUCUUGGCGUCGUUGCGGAUUGAAUAAUCUCUUUAUCGUCAAUACCGAAACCCGAAUAGAUUCAAGAGACGUCACUAGUAAAUUGCGUUGAUGACUUAACGUCCUAUAUCAAUAGGGCCCCUCUCCAAUCCUAAAAAAUCGUAGUCAACACUUUCCACACAGACAUUUCGAGUUUUUUCCGCUUUUCUUUUCUCACUCAAUACUUUUUUAGAAAUGAGUAGGAAGCAAUCGAGGAAUGCGAACUCGCGCGGGUUUUUGUUCAUCACCCUUUGCAACUACUUCUGAUCAUUGAUUGGACACUUCCAUAGCUAACAAGACUACAAAUGCCCUUUCAUACUCGCAAAUACUUUAAGCUCGUUUAUACUUGAUUUAUCCUCGAAUAUUACGAGAAACCUAUUUAAAUGUUAAGGGCAUUGUCGUACAAAACUAAAAUUUUGGCCGGCAACAUACACAAAGUUUGACAGUACCAAACAGUUUAUUGUGAAUAAAUAUAUGACUACCAGGAGCAAAGUCAGAAUAUACAAGACCUGUGUGAGACCAGUAAUGACAUACGCGAUAGAGGCCAGAGCAGAGAACACAAUAACUUAAGGAGAUAUGUGAUAUCCAGGAUGUAGUGAGAUGGGCGAUAAAUCGGCGAAGGGAAUGGAGAGACCACGUGGACAGAAAAACCGAAUAUAUCCCGACCACCAGGACGACCACCUACAAGUUGGUAUAAAAGCUGGUCUUCAUCAUCCCAGCUGCAGCUAGGCAACCAUUGAUGCAAACACAUGAUUAAGUCCUAACGUACGAUGAAGAAGAAGAAGAUAUGUUGUCUAAAAAAUUUAUCUGCCCUAAAUGACAGUCGCCAUAGUAUUCAUUGUUGACAAAGUUUGCAAACAUUCAGGUCCUCAAAUUCUGAAAAUCCUCACUAAAAUUUGUCUAUCGAUUUUUCAAUAAUCAAAUUUUAUAUUUAUUUGGAAUAUUUUUGAGUAUUGUAUCAGAAAAAUUACGUGAGAUAUUCUCAAAAAAUAUCAAUGACUGCAUAUCGUUUCAGUUGAAGAAAUUUUCAUCAAUCUUGAGAAUUAGCACGAAUUUGAAACUGAGAAGAUUUAACACAUAAUCAACCCUUAAAUAAUUACAUUUAGUUUCGCAUAUACUAUGAAAAAUACAAUAGAAAAUUGUAAGAAAUUUUCAAAACAAAAAGUUAUGAAGUACUUGUAUGGGUGGAAAAAUGAAAAGCCAUUGAUUAUGAUAUAUAUUCAGUUAAAAGAUUUUGCUAAAAAAACUAUUAUGUGUAUGUUUAGUAGUGAUAAUUCGAAUAUUUAUACAGUGCUCUUAUAAAGCUUCUCACUUCCUCUGAAAAUGACAAUUCCUUGAGCCUUUGUUCCCGUGCUUAUGAUCCUUGGCUAGGUUCUAUGUAUGUUUCUGUUCCUUCGUCCUGUGCAAAUAUGAUAUAUCAUCAAUUUGGCAUAUUUUUGUUAUUAUCAGUGUCCUUCAUUAUAACUUUUAUGCCCUCAUCUCAUAUGGACUUCCUAUGCAAACUUGUUAUUGUGACGUAAUUUUUGUUGUUACUAUGUAACCUUCUAGUUAUUUUGAUUAGAUUUUUUCUUCGCUGUUAGAUCGCUAAAAGAUCUCCUCUAUUAUUUCUAUCGUCUUUUUAUAGAUUAAUGAAGUCAGGUACAAUUUUCUCGUAUUGUUUUCGUUCAUGUUUGACUCAUUCUUAAGAUGGCCGGCCUCUUAUGUCUCUCUAUUAGGAGAAAAUCUCUUCCAAUUUUCUUCUCAAUCUUAUUCCCAUGAUUCUAGUAAAUUUUUUCGCUGCGUUGCUCGAUAAGGUAAUGGGUCUUAUGAAUAAAUGAUUACUAUGUACCAGCCUUUGUAUGUUAUCUCGGUUUUUAUCAUAUUAUUUAAUAUAUGUGUACUUUAUUGCCUUUUCCGUAACAUCUCAUUCGUUACCUUAUCAUGCCCUAGUACCUUACCCUUUUUAUUUUUACUUAUAGCAUUUCGUAUCUUUAUAAUUUCCCUAAUGUUCCUUUGUGAUUACUAUACCUUUAUUCUCUUCUUUCUUUUCAGCAUUAUGUUUUUUUAUUGUUGUUUCGUCAUCAUGCCAAAGAAAAGCUUUUCAUAUUUCUGUAUGCUGUUAAAAGUUUCUGUCCAAAGUCUUUCCGUGUAUUUUGCUCUUUUUCCUCAAUUACAUUUUUUUGACUUUUGUUCUUUCUAGCUUGUAUUUUUCAUAGUUUUCUUCCUUAUUGUGAAAAAUCGUAAUGAUAUUUACCAUCAGCAGCAACUAAACCAUACACAAAAUCAAUGUUUGCUAAGAUAGCUUUUCCUUUAGAAUGGAACGAGGUCAAACUUAUUUCAAAAUGGUUUCUAUGAAUGAAAGAAUAGUACCUUCAUAAUUUUCAAAAUAUCAUUGCUUUUUUUUUUUCUUUUUCUCAAUCUCCUCAUUUGAUUUAUAGCCACGUAUUACCCACAUCGCUGAAAAGUGGCAGAAGCUGGCAGUGUAGCUACGGUCAGCCAGUGUACCAACUUUUCGCGUUGUCUUUUUCUCUUGUCUUUAUAAAUCCAUAUAUACAGUUAUUAUGGGUGGUUAAUGUAGUCAUACCGAAGUUAACACACACCUUCAAGAUUAUUUCGACGAGGGGAAAGAAAGAUAUAUAUAUAUAUAUAUAGAGCGCAGAGCGGAUGUUGAUCUUCUGAAUAAUCGCAUCCGAAACCAGUUCCUUUAUCAUGAACUUUCGUGAGACCAUUAGCAAAAAUCGGACAUAGAUACUGAACGGACAUGCACUCUUCUCCGUAAACCUUAGUCAGUUGCCGAUGGAUCUCCACGGGCGGUAACUUAUGUAGAGAAACCGGAUAACUGCUAGAAUCUCGCACUAGAGAUCGAGGAAAACACUUUUUCUGUGAGGUAGCUACAAAACUUUCAAACUCCUCAUAUCAAGUCACAAUUUAGACUUAUUACUAACUAGACACUCUUUAGAUGAAUUGAGAUUUGAACAAAUCAUUGGUAUGUUGUCAUUUUACGUUAUGUAAAUGGUUAUAUUAAGGUAAUAUGACUUAUCGAAAAUGGUAAGUUACUUAAGAAAAAUUCAUGUUCUUACUUGGACAGUAUGUGUACAUUGUGAAACUUGUAUGCUAGCUAUUUCUGAAACUGUGAUUAAAUCUAAGACCUCGGCUAAUUUUUUAAAAUGCAAUAUUAGAGAAAAUCAAUGGCAUUUGAAAUAAAUUGAAAUUAAAUAUGACAAUAUAUAUAUUUUCCCAUUUUUAAUGUUAUAAAAAUGAAUACCAAACUGACAUUUUAACAGCGAUAUUCUAAAAUAUUAAAUAUUCUAUUUUUGUCAUUGUAGCUUGUAGUAUUAUAAUGAAUGUUACGCACCCAGAAAAUUCUUCAGUAAAAUCGGAGUUAUAUAUGGUUACAAAAUAAUUUCUUUAUUUUGUCGACAAUAAUAUAGCAUUAAUUGUUUAAUGUUUAAAAAAAAAAUUAUGUUGAAUUAAUAUUGCAUUAUAUUACAUAAAUUUUAUAGUAACUGUGAUUGUUAACACAAAUAUUUUGAUUGUUGUUCUUUGUGUGCCCAUUAAUUGUUUAACAUAACACUUGUAAAUUCUACAAUAAUUAUUUUAAAUAACCGGACAGAGAUUGUCGUAGGUGGACGAUAUUUGUUGUCAUAUGUAUAAUUAUAUUUGUUAACAAGA